AUCACCAAUGAGAUGACCUUCUACAAGGCUGAAUUGUCAGUGGGAUCAAACAAACAGAAAGUUGGUGUGCUUCUUGACACCGGCUCCUCCGACUUGUGGGUCAUGGGUAACGACAACCCGUACUGUUCUCACGGAAGUACUUUGCCUCUUUCCAAAUACCGAAUCCCUUAUCAAUCUCUGUUUAGCAAGUCACAGGAUAUCUCUAAAGAUGCCGCCGUCCCUGAAAGCAGCCAGAUUGACUGUAGUAUAUAUGGCACCUUUAACAAAACCGCUUCCACCACUUUUCGCAACAAUGGUACGAGUUUCCAUAUCACCUACAGCGACAACACCUUUGCAGAAGGCACUUGGGGACAUGAUACUGUCACUUUGAAUGGAUUGGAGAUUGAUGAUCUCUCCUUUGUGGUUGCUAAUUCUUCCAACUCGAGGGUCAGUGUAUUGGGAAUUGGCUUAUCGGGGUUGGAAGUGACAUACUCUGGGGGAAUAGCGGGCCAACAGCCAUAUAAAUAUGAUAAUUUGCCUAUGAAGUUGAAAAGCGACGGGUACAUCGGGAAAAAUCUCUACUCAUUGUAUUUGAACAGCGCCAAUGCUACCCAGGGUACCGUUUUGUUCGGUGGGGUUGACCAUGCUAGAUACACGGGUGAGUUGGUUGCCAUUCCUCUCGAAAACAUCUAUCCCCUGAUGUAUUCAGUUCCAAUCACAUUUGACGUCAAAUUGAAGGGGGUGAGCUUUAAAGACAAGGUGGCCUUGCCUGACGAGGUGACUGCUUUAUUAGACAGUGGGACUUCGUUGACUUUCUUGCCACAGAUUGUGGUGGACAAUUUGAUCCAACUAUGGGAUCUUACAUAUUGGGAUGAAGCUGCGGCAUAUGUUGGUUUGUGCGAUGCCUACUCCAACCAGGAGCUUUCGUUUGAGUUUGCCGGUACCACGAUUAAUGUUCCAGUCUCCAACUUUCUUCGUCCGUUGACUUACUCGAAUGGCACAACAUCUGUAAACUGUUCGAUGGGUGUUAUAGCCGCUGAUAGAUAUGUCUUGGGAGAGAGCUUCUUAAGAGGUGCCUACGUCGUGUAUGACUUGGAUGAUUUCCAAGUGUACUUGGCGGAGGCAGAUUUUGAUUCAACCAGGGAGGAUAUUGUAGCUGUGACAUCUACCAUUCCAGAGGGAGGGAAAUCUAGCUCUACCGUUGGUUCCGUUCCAAGUUCCACAAAUUCUUCUUUCAGCACCACUUCGAGCUCUAUUGAUUCUUUCAGCACCACUUCCAGCUCCACUGAUUCUUUCAGCACCGCUUCCAGCUCCACUGAUUCUUUCAGCACCGCUUCCAGCUCC